AUGGGCUGUAAAUGUUGUAAGUCUGGCCCAGACUUAGAUGCACUGGAGAGAGAGAGGCGGCGGAAGUUGCUUGAGAAACAGCGUCACGAAAAAAGGGUCCAGGCGGCUAGGAAGAUCCAGGCCUGGUGGCGUGGAAACCUGGUGCGUAGGACCCUGCUGGUCGCUGCCCUCAGGGCCUGGAUGAUUCAGUGCUGGUGGAGGACGGUCAUGCAGCGGCAGAUACAGAAGCGGCGCCAGGCCUUGUUGAGGAUCUAUGCAGUCCAGGAGGAGGCAGCGGUCAAGCUCCAGUCCUGGGUACGCAUGUGGCAGUGUCGUCAAUGUUACUGCCAAAUUUGCAACACUCUCUGCCUGUUCCAGGUCCCAGAGAACAGCCUUGCCUUCCAGACCGAUGACUUUUUAGAGGUACAAUAUAGAGCCAUUUCCAAGCAGCCAGAGUUUCACAUUGAAAUCCUAUCAGUCUGA